CACCGGCACACGCCUCCACGAUCAUUUACACAAGAGCAACCGUGUUCUCCAACCACCCUCACGUUCCCCACACGCAAACACUUCCAUCAAGCAGCAACCAAAACCACCAACCCUUGCUGCGGUGCCACCCACGCUUGUGCUUCGUGAAGCCUCUCCCCAACACUCCAAUCACAUCACCACACAUACACACAUACAUACACGCGCGCAAGCAUUGCCAUUGCUUGGUAUGUCAACACUUGGGAUGAACGCCAACGCAAGUACCAUUCAAGCCGCCACCACCGCAACCCAGCCGGCGAUCGCCAGGGCGAGCAAACCGUCCUCACGCCACAACUCCACCAACACCAUCAUCGCACACAACGUGUCCGCCACAAACAGCAAACCCUGCAUCAACAACAACAGCGGCAAUAACGACAACAACAUGGCCGAUAAGCCAACCUCACCCACAUCAUGUCACCAAUUUGCAAAGUCAGAGCCCAACACAAGAGCAACAGCAAUGCCCCCGCUCGCGGAGAAGGAGCGCGUUACGGUGGCCAUGCGACAGGCAUUUGAUGCACUCGAGUGCAACGACGUCACAGACGAGCACAUUGACAGGCUCGCCACCAUCAUCUGCUCCGCUAUGGGCACACCAAAUCGCGUGUACCACGCCACACGGCACGUGUUUGAUCUCUUCGUGUCUGCGGAGACGCAGCCCAUCUCCUGCCUCGCUGGUGUCUUCCACGACGUCGUCUACCUGCAGAUUGACGAUGGCGUGCAUCCUCUCGUCAUGGGCGAGCUCUCCCGCGCGGGCGUCACCACAUCGGGAGCGGAACGCGGGCCCAGCGGCGAGGACAGGCCCAUGUACACCCUCGCCACAGACCAGCAGCCGCUGCCGCUGCGCUUGUGUCGCGCCAUCUUCGGCUGGGAGGACGCCACACUCCUCAAGACGGGCCAGCAAGGCGUCAACGAGUUUCUCAGCGCCCUCCUCGCCGCACAGUGCCUGCAGGCACUCGUCUCCUCCGCGGCGCUCUUUGAGAUUGUCAUCUGCAUUGAGGCCACCAUCCCCUUUCGCGGCCCCUGCGUCUACAACGACCUCCUUGAGCGCGCGCUCGCCGCCACCGACAUUGUGCCCGGUCUCAGCGACACAUACACGCGCCACCAGGCCAAGCUUGCCGUGGAGGUGGCCUGCCUCGUUGCCGAGCGUGACGUGGGCAACUUUGCGUCCACAGACACCCGCUGGUUCCUCACCAACUCGUGGAAGCUGCUUCCGGAAAUCCACCGCUCCCUGCGUGACGCAGCCGCCUUCACCUUUGCCGACUACGCCAAGGCCAUGCUGGCCAACGUGCGCUUCUACCUCUUCCUGCAGUCAGACCCUUCCCGCGUGUUCCACCAGUUUGAGAGCUGCCGCACGCGCGAGGAGUACCAGCGCCUGCUCAGCCUCACCACGCGCAACCUCAACAUUGGCAUGGAGUAUGGCCGCACCAAGCUCAUUGCCGCGUGUAUCCUGGACGCCCUCGCGCGCCAGCAAGGGCUCGCCCAUCGCCCGGCGUCGUGGUUUAUGCAGCAGCCCGGCUGCGGUGUCGACAUGCUCGGCUGCGGCCGCCAGCGCGUCGUCUGGUCUGCACGCAAGCGCCAGUCGUCGGGGUCGUCGUCCUCGCCAGCAGCACGCCGCCCCUCCCUCAGCCUCUGCACGCCCAAGGGCACGGCAGCGCCACGCACCCGUGCGAGCGUCCACGCCAUUGCCAUGAGCAGCCUCGCUGAACGAACCACCACCACCACCACCACCACCAGCAGCGCCAGCCGCAGCAGUGACCCAAGCAGGCGGUCGUCCCACCAAGUCCACCACCAGCACCACCAGCACCGGCGCUCAUGCAACCCAGCGAUCAACCCGGCGAUGAAGCACAGCACAACCACCACCGCAGCAUCCCGCCUCUCCGCAACCGCGCCCGGCCAUUUCGCAAACGGCGUAGCGAUGCAUGCAGGCAACCCACGCGGCUCAUACACGCUGGCGCCCUUCACGCUGGCCACAUCUGCACCCCGCACACCCCGCGGCAGCGCGUGUGUCGGCUCGUCGUUCACGGAGGUGGGCAGGCGAAAGAGCUCGCUGCCCUCCCCAGCAGCAAUGCGGCGACGCAGCAUGCUGCCACCUGUUGACGACCACUUCUUCACCAACCUGCUCGUGCCGUCGUACGACUACGUCGAGGUUCUGCUCGAGCUUGGCACGGGCUACGAGGCCGAGUUUGAUGUGGACGCGGACAUGACCAGUCUCUACGUGCACCAGGCGCUUGUGACAGAGGAAGGCGUGCACGAGGCAGCAGACAUGUGCGCUGAGUACUUGGAGGGCAAGAUUGACCCCGCCACGUUCUUGGACGCGUUUGAGCGCCGUGUCACCACGCUCCUCGCCCACUGCAUGCAGCUGCACACCCACCGCAACACGCCCACAACAGCAACAGCGAACGGCGACAGCAGCAGCAGCAACAACGACAACAACAACACCACCACCACCAGCAAAAACAUCACUACCAGCACCACUACCAGCAUCAGUACCAGCAAGGGUGGUCACGCGUUGUCAACGACUGCAUCAUCGCCGCCAAGCUCACCUGUUCCAAAGCGGCCGGCCACUUCGGCGGCAAAGGGCGACGUUGCUCUCGAGCAAUCAGACGCGUGACGAUGGUGAUGGUGUGGUGGUGAUGAUGAUGAUGAUGAUGAUUCGUGUUAGAGCGCUAUCGACAACAGCACUGAGACAUGCAAAGGGCUAUCUCACACGCACACGGCCCGUGCUACAGCGACCUUAAGCUGCCGCCUUGUGGUAUGGCGUGUAUGAUUCGCUUGUGUUGCGUCUCCCUUUGGUGAGGUUUUGCCCCAAUUUUCCUCUUCCCUUCUUGUUGGCUUUGGCCAAGUUGAUUUGCUGACCCCCAAGCGUCCACCGACAGCCAUGCCUGUGCGGAAGGUGGCGCACUCGCACGAGUAUAUCACACUCAUGUCUGUCCCGUCUUGUCUCCCAUCCACCUCUUCUGGUGUCGUAUUGUGUUUUUGUUUGACACACCCCCUUCCUUCCCCUCCCCCCCCCCCUCUUUGGAGUUUAAGCGUUUGCAAGUCGCACUAGUACGCCAUGCACUCCUGCAUGCGUGCAUGGUGACCACAAUCAUUGUAUUCCCCCCCCCCUUGCGUGUUUCAGACAUGCUGGGGGGCGUUGUCCGUUUCACGGGGGCGAUGGGCCUUUUCACUACGUUUGGUAUUGAUUCCCUUCCACCAGUUGGUUUUGAUUCGUUCGAUUGCUUUGCUUUUGUUUCGAUUAUGUCACUUCUGUAGUUGCAGCAUUCUCUGUAUGUGUGUGUGUCAGUGAUGGAGUGUUGUUACCACGACGGAUUGAUCUUGCAACAGUUGUCUGGUUGUGGUGAUGUUUUGACCAACUGAGCAGUACGUGUGCCAUGUGUGUGUGUGUGUGUGUUUUCGUUUGUUAUUUGUUGGAGCAGCAGCAGUUGUGACACUUCUCUACCUCAGUCCAUCUAUUUUUGUUUAUGUUGUGUAGUUUCAUGCAUGUCCUUUGACAGCGAGCCUCGUUACUGCGUUUGCAAUGUCGACACGGACACAGUUUCCUAUUAGCUCUGUGUCUUUAUUGUCUCUCUGUUUCAGUGCCCCCCCCCUCUCUCUCUUCCUCUCGUUGGCUCGCUUCGUUCUUCGAAACAUCCUUGAGUUUCAUGCAAUUGCAUUUCACGGUGCAUGUAUUCGUGCGUUGUGCGCGCAUAAGUGUGCUGAUGGGGCUGGUUUACGACCGUCAUCAUUGCACACACGCACACAGCCAAUACACAUCCGUCUCCAAAGCACGUCAGCCACUAAAACGCAAG